AUGCCAUCCUCCCAGCGCCCCUUCUUCCUCUCCUCCUUCCUCGCCGCCUUCCGCCCCCAAGCGCCGCCCUCCCUAUCCGCCUCCACGCCACCAAACAAGCACACGCACACGCACACGCACACGCACACGGCGCAGUCCGCAUCCAGCAGCAGUAGCCCACCAACAUACGGCGCGUCGUCCGCCUCCUCGCCGUCAGCAUCAGCCGCGCGCUCCAUGUCCACGACAUCCCACUCACACCCACACCCACACCCACACCCGCAAAGCGCAUCAUCACCGCAAAGACCAGGCAGCAGCGUCAUGAACCAACUACCCAUCCACUCGCCCCGUGGCCCGCACGGCAUACCGAUACCAGGCGCCGCGAGUCCGGGAGGACGGCGGCGCGGGAGCGACAGCAGCAGCGAGGGCUUCCGCGACGUCCUGGGCGCCGAUAAGUGGUACAUCGGCGGGCGGACGGCGGGCGGCGAGGAGAAGUUCUUCAAGCUGGGCGUGGUGAAGAGGGUGCGGAGCCAGGAUCGGAUGAGCUUGGACCGGUUGAGCUUGUGA